GACAGCGCGGUUCUCGUGUUCACCCUCUACUAGUGACGUACCAGCUGGGUCGAUACAAUAAAAAGCCUUGAUAGUUGUAUAAGAGAUGAUUUUGAGUUUCAACAGCUUUUAUUGUGAUUUACUUUCAAUCAAAUACGUACACACAGAAAUUAUGAUGGAACUUUUAUGUUUGAGGGUUCCUAUGUCUCUUUAUAACUGAAUAAAACUAAUGCUGGUUGAAAUAUUUGUAAUUUCUUUUUACAACUUUGACGGUGGCACUUGAAACGGUCCUCCAAAGACAGCAGGGGGCGCCAAAGCGAUGAGGUGAUUUCAUUUAAUCUGUAAACAGGAAAUAAUUGAAACACGCUGUUGCCUUUUGGUGAGUUCAGCCCAUAGACUGUUUGGUACAGGCCGGUUCUCUUCAUCAGUCCACGUUUCCGUGUCUCGGGUAGCUCGUCCGUCAUGCUGGGGGCGCAACAGCUCCGGUUGCUGGUCAGCGAGCGGCUGGCGGCGGCGGCGGAAGAGAUCUUCGGGCUCGUGGAGAAGACAAUAGCGGCCUACAGCGAGGAGGUCGUCCGCUCCCGGAAAGAAAUCCUGCAGCUGCGGGAGCAGAUCGAGCAGCUCACCGUGUUCCGUCCGCGGGUCUUCUUGCCCAGAGCAGAGCUGCAGCUGCCCUUAGAGGAGCCAUGCCACAUUACCAAGGUGGAGAAAGAGGAGGAUCUCGAUGAUCAUCAGGUCAAACAGGAGCAGCCUGAUUUCUACGUCAUCUCAGAUUUCCAGGAUCUCCACGAGAGUCCUUCAGAGGACAUGACGUUCUCACCCUUUGAGCCAGAGGCAGCUUCUCACGAAGACAUGUUCCCGGCGGUUAGCGGCGUCAUGGUGACGAUGAACGAUGAGGACUGGAUGGGGAACGAAGGCUCCAGCUCUUCCUACUGCAGCCGGGCUUCCUUCCUGCAGCACAAAGCCAGGAAGAACAAGACGGCCUGCCGCUUCUGCGGCGCCUCCUUCAGACGCGACUGCGACCUUCUCAAGCACACGGCCGAGUCUCACACGGGGAAGAAGGCCUUCAAGUGCUCCGAGUGCGACAAAGAGUUAGCCCGCAGAGACAGCCUGGUCCUGCACAUGAGGAUCCACAGGGGCGAAAAACCACACCGGUGCCCCUUCUGCAGCAAGUUCUUCUCGCAGACCUCCAACCUCAGGGUCCACAUGAGGAAACACACGGGCGAGAAGCCGUACUACUGCGACAACUGCAAAAAAAUGGUUGCACACUCCUACCACCUGAAAAUCUGCUUAAAACAGACGUCUGCCCAGGUGAGGACUGUGGGGGUGAAGGCUUUCCGCUGCACUCGCUGCGGGAAGAAAUUCGGUACGGCGGCUGACCUGAAGGUGCACAAUGGGAUCCACGAUGCCAGGAAAUGACCUGACUAGAAAAAUGCUCAUUUGUUGUCCCUUUUGGAGCUUUCUAAAUUCUUAAACCGAUUUAGAAUUUAUGAAUUAAGUUAAUGCACAUUAACGUGAUGCAAUUUGUUUUUUCCCCCCUGCACUUUCCACGCCUGGCGUUAUAACAAAACAAAACAAAAAGUUAUCUGUGUUAUUGAUUUAUAAACACUCCAAGAUCUGUUUGGAAAUUUCAGUUUUUGUUCUAGUCGUGUUUCUUUAUGCGUUUGCUUUAUAAAGAGUUGUUUCAGCACAAAAAAGUAGUUGUUGCCUUUGCUUGUUGAUGUUAAAAUUGAGCAAACAUUACUUUGAAUUUACCUUUCUUUAAAUUUAAGGGAAAACGGACUUCCAGACUGAAGCACAUUUCAAAGACAAAAUAGUUUGAGAGAGUUGUCAGUUCCCUCAGUAACCACUAGGUGGCUACACGAAAAAGGUUUUCAUUACCUAUGAUGGUCUAAAAUUGGUCUAAAAAUUAUUUUUAGGUGGCGGACACGCCCUUGUAAAAACUGAAGCAUAGAAAGCUUGGAAAAUCACAAUAAAUAUGCACCACAUGCAUCGCAUGUGAACCUAGCUUCAUGAUGACAGAUUAGAAGCAUUAAAACUUGCUUCUAGGUGAAUCAAAGAUCUGACCUGCUGAAAGGCGCCUCACCCGGGAGCUAAUAUGGGUCAAACUGAGGACUAUUUAACCGGGCUUGCUGGCAUAUGAUUGGUUUUCCAAUUUUUUCUGCUACUUAUUUUUUCUACAAGUUCCUCUUAUCCUAACAUUUGUUCACCAACUGUUGUUACUUCAGUUUAAGAAUAUUUUUUGUUUAUUUUUGUGACAGAAAAUGCUUUUUGAUUCCCAUGUGCCUUUCAGAUGCACUGAGAAUUAACUUAAACAUUUGUUCAUUCAUUUUGUUGAUUGUUGUGUAUCCCAUGGAGGGAAAUAAAAUGAACCUCAUGGUUCACUGUUCAUUAAAGCACAUUGACUGUAUAAUA